AUGUGAAGAAAAAGUUUAAACUGGAUCCUCCGUACUCCUCCAGCGCUGUGAAGUCGGAUGAUCUCUCCAGUUCUGCUUUUGUACCCAAAGCAGUAAUGCGCGCAAAGGGACGCGAGACUCCAGAGCCGCCUCGGAUCUGUUCAGUUUUUCGCACGCUGUCGUUUUAAGAAAGUUAACACACCUUUGCUGUCAAUGACAGCACAGGUAGGAAAGAGGAUCCCGGAAGAACUCGUAGUGCAGGUUACCAGGUUGUUUGCAUAGCCUGUACUUUUAUUCCAAAGCGAGCGAGCGCCCGAUGGACUUGUUUGCUUCAUUUAAAAAGUAGUUAUUGCGUUUAGCGUAAAUUCACGGAAAGAAGAUGACGGAGCUGAGGAAGAAGUUGUACGUGGUGAUGGACGUGCUGUGCGUUGUGGUUGCGGCACUGCCCUUCAUCAUUAUGACCAUUGUGUUCAAGCCAUAUGUAAGAGGGGUUUACUGUGACGACGAGAGCAUCAUGUACCCCGUGAGAUCAGACACCAUCACCCAUGGCAUGCUGGCGGCUGUCACCAUCUCCUGCACGGUCAUCAUUAUCUCCUCUGGAGAAGCUUAUCUGGUCUACAGCAAGAGGAUUUACUCUAACUCUGAUUUCAACCAGUAUGUAGCUGCACUCUACAAAGUAGUGGGCACCUUCUUGUUUGGGGCUUCUGUUAGCCAGUCGCUCACCGACCUCGCCAAGUUCACCAUCGGCCGCCCGAGGCCCAACUUCAUGGCCGUAUGUCUCCCUAAAGUCUGCACAGGAUACAUGCAGGUGAUCAACUGCACUGGCAGGCCUGAGGACGUCACAGAGUCCAGAUUGUCCUUCUACUCUGGUCACUCCUCUUUUGGAAUGUACUGCAUGCUAUUCCUAGCGCUCUACGUGCAGGCGAGACUGGUAGCUAAGUGGGCCAGACUUCUCCGGCCCACCAUCCAGUUCUUCCUGGUGGCCUUUGCGGUGUAUGUGGGUUACACCCGAGUCUCUGAUUACAAGCACCACUGGAGCGACGUGCUGGUGGGGCUGCUGCAGGGAGCACUUGUUGCUGUACUCAACGUGCGCUAUGUGUCAGACUUCUUCAAGAAGCGUCCUCCACGUUGCAUGAGGACUGACACAGCUGAUAGCGAAGAGCCAGAGAGGAAACCCAGCUUGCAGAUUGCAGACUCCGAGCACACCAACCAUUACAACUAUCACCACAAUCCAGGCCCUGUGUGAUAGGGGCUGAUGGUAGGGAACAGAGGCUGCAGCCUGCAGACCCCAAACCUGUGUGAUAGGGUCAACCUCUGGGGCUUCAACCUUUAUUGUGCAGUCAGCAGCAUGUAUUCAGGGAAAAACCUGGGUCACUCACAGCCCUGACUCAGCUGGCUGCCCGCUGCAGACCCCUGAUUCUAUGUGAGAAGUCCCAUGAGUGUGAGAUGUUAAAUUUUCGAGUGUCUAUAUGAAUCCUGCAACCAGCCCUUUUGUAUAUCUGUUUGAAAGGAGUAAAGCUAGGGAUCAGGUCUGUAGCUUGCAGCCUCCGAGCCCCCAGCUUCCUCCUUCUGUGUCAACCACUCACACCCCGGCUACUCCCCAACCACUGGACUGACUGAGGGGGCUGCAUCCCAUUCCCAGGUGCCCGAGCCCCCUUUUUUAAAGACAUCAUAAUGACCUCCUUUUCUCCUGUAAGAGAGAGAGGAGCAUAUUGUGUUAAAGACAUCAUUGUUGAUGUUAAAGUGUAUGUGCUUAAAGCCGCAUUAAGCGAAAGACUCCAAAUUUACAGCAGCAGAAACAAAGGGACAUGGGCUUUCCAAAGAGAGUCCUUUCCUGCGAAACAGACAAAUGUAAGUCUGAUAUUUACUCACCUUUAUGCCUCCACCUCCUGAGAAAAAAUGUGUUCUCUUUGGUUUGAUACACUUGUUUACUAGGCACGACGUUUCGCAGUGAGUGUGCAAUCUGUUUCUCGGUGUGUUUGCAGGAAAUAACUGCCCACUAUUUUAUUUAAUAGGUCACUGAGAGGGGUUGGGUUUCACCUGUACGGACUGACGAACAAAAACAGCCUGAAAACUUCAGAGAUGUGGAAUAGGAAGAUUUGGGUGUUGAUUCUCAGUUGGAUUUGUAGUACUAGCAACUUUUUUACUUCGCAGUUCUCUGAUUUUAAGUCAAAAUCAGAUGUGUCGCUUAAUGUAGCUUUAACAUAUUUUGUAUGUUUUUAUAUUUUGUAUGUAGAUAACCAAAUAUGUUGGCAUCGAUGAAAGAAAUAUAAAGAACUAGAGGAGCAAAGACAAGAAUGUUUAUACAUUUAGGUAAAGGCACAGUUUGUUGAUUAGCUUGAUUUUAGUGCACCUUAAACAGGCUACACUCUAGAAAAGCGUUGCAAAUUAUAACAAUUUAUUGGAGUGGCAACCAGUUUACAGUAGAUGAGCUAAUUAUCUCCAUAUAUCAUGUCAUCCUGUUGGCAAAAAGACUCAAAAAUGUCAGGUGCAGGCCCCAAAGCUGCUUUGAGAGGAGACGUAUACCGACUUAAACAUCAUCAUGGUUCAGAGGUAAUCCUCUGAUGUAAAAUUAGCUUACGAUAUCUUUCUGCCAGCUCUGCUAACUGCCCAAACAGGUCUGGGUAUCUACUCUGACAAACAAUAUAAUGUUUUUAAAAGUGACUAUACAGGCUUGUUGUGCCCGAUAACUCACACUACACUGAUGAACUCUGAUUCACGGGUGUGAGUGGAUUUCUACUUCCAGCAAUUAUUCCUAGUAUCAUGUUGUAUCACUGCUUAAGUGUGUCUGACUUGCUGCAUCAUCUUGUCAGUGCCAAUUAUUCUGAAUCUGUAGUAAAGGUCCAGUGUGUAGAAUUCAGGGGGAUAUUAUAAGGAUGUUUUCAUUAUUGAACUUGAAAAUAGAAAGCGUUGUGUUUUCAUAACCUUAGAAUGAGCCUGGUCUGUAAAGAUCACCAUGCUGCACUGCCACAUAUCUACAGUAGCCCAGAAUGGACAAACAUCGGCUCUAGAUAGGGCCAUUUGUGUUUGUUUCUGUGUCAGCCACUGCAACCAGCAGCCACUCACGAUGAGCUGAAUAGCAGUGGAAAAACACAGAUUUUUAAUGUGAAAUUGCAUUAUUCAUUCGCAUUAGCGCGUGGUGGGCUAGUUGCCCAUCAGUAACGAGCCAAACAGCGUUAGAGAAAUACUGAUUUGUAACAUGAAACUACUUUAUUAUUAUUUUGCUGUUUUUAAUCACUGGGUCUGUUUGUUUCGAAGAGUAAGACCUCUGUGGAUAAUUCGGCUCCCACUAAUAACCUCCUGAACAAUAUACACUUAAGGAAUCGUAACCAGGAGUUCAGGCUCGGUAGGUACAUGGAAGAAGUUUCAUCAGGUUGCAAGCUGCAGUCCUCACCAUUAUAUGCCACUAAAUCCUACACACUGCUCCUUUAAUGGCAGGACAUAUACUAAGUCUUAAACUUUAAGGGCAGAUCUUAUGUCCAAACUGGGUCAAAUGCCUUUUAAAAAAUGUAUAAAUUUAAUCGUGGAGUUUGUGAAUGAUUUAUGUUUCCCCUGUGUGAAAUGGACUGCAGAGGUAAAAACCAUUGAUGCAGAUGGCUUUAAUUUUUCUCGGACUUUACGCAUCAUACCACUACUAUAUUGCCAAUCAAAUGUUAAGAAAUUUGGCCUCUAUUUUUGUCUUCUCUUUUUUAUUUUAUUGUGUUUUUUUAACUUCUUAAAUACCUUUAAUCAAAGAAGGAUGAGACAACCAUUUUGAAAAUGGUGUUUAAUUUAUUUGAAACACAAGAAGUUUGAUAUUUACUCCUACAAGGUUGGAAGCGCCAGCGCUGUCAAGGUUUUUGUGCAAUCACCCCCGCUUGCCACUAUGAGCCACAAAUACUGUAUAUACUAGUGCUAUGAGACAUGUUUCAUGUUGCGUGAAGGAUGUGUAUAUAUAUAUGCUUGUAUGUUUUUAUUUCACAUGUAGAUGCAUUUUUAAUUUCACCUGCACAGUGUGCUUUGGCCCGUACCUUCUCCGGCUGGUGGCUGGUGGAGUUGCCACACAAACGGAUCCAAUUCCAGGUCCAAACAUAAGCCAGAUGCCUUGGCAGGGCUUUUAAAGGGCCGUUGUAAUGAUAAAGGGUUACAUACCCAACUGUGUUUUUGAAGCUAGUAACACUGCCCCGUUCCCACUUCAAAGAUUCAUCUGUGUUCCUUUUACCCUUCCUGUGUUGAUAGAUGAGGUUAAUUUGUGAAUAAGGUCUCCUGUACAGUUCUCAUACAGCAUGCAGACCCCUGGAGGACUGACAACAGAUCAGACAGACCACAAACCUGAUAGGGGGGAAGGAGACAGGAAGACAGAGAAUCUCACCUGGUAGUGAUUGUGAGGCCCCGAAGCUGCGACUAGAGAGAGGCUGGGUACUAUAUUAGGGGGUGGGGUGUAGGGUAUCCCAUGGUGAACCUUGGUCCCCGGGGACUGCUACACAUUUAAAACACUGAUUUACAACAAGAAACAGCUGGAAGUGGUUGCGGUAAAGUGGUGUGCGAGCCCCCUCCCUUGCUCCCCUACAUCUAAAUCAUCUGUGUAUUACUGCAGCCUGACUAAUAGACCAAAUGAGGAUGAGGAUGUAGAAACGUCAUGGUGUUUGAUGCCCCUCCAGCUUCAUGGAAACCAAAAAGUUCUCAGCUGGUCAUGUGGCUCCAUGCACCAUUAUGCUUUAUUGAAUUAGUGCCUUAAAGUAGGUGCUGGUCGGCCAAUCUCCUGUUUAUAUGUCUACUUGUAGGUAUGAUUCAUGUUUAGUUUUUGUAUAAAGAUUAUAUCUAUAGGCUCUAAACCAGAGAAAUUUAAAUAAAGAUAUAAUCCAAAUUCA